GGACGGACGCUUGAGGGAGCGUCCCAGGUUGGUGCAACACCCAAAUGCGUCCCCCUCUCUAAGAAGCGGCCCUCGCGGAGGGAGAAGUCAUGAGCCGAUACUGGAAAUUGCCAAAUCUGUUGCUUCAGCACCAGAGGAUCCACACUGCUGUACAACUACUGAAAAGCAAGACUGGAGCAGAGCAUCGUUGGCUGGAGCGGCAUUUCAGUGACCCUUAUGUGAAGAAGGCCAAGAAGGAGCACUAUCGAUGCCGGAGUGUCUACAAACUGCUGGAAGUAGAUGACAAAUACCGCAUCCUUUGCCCUGGGCUACGUGUGAUAGACUGUGGCACGGCCCCUGGUGCUUGGGCUCAGGUUGCAGUCCAGAGAGUCAAUGCUACGGGUUCUGAUCCAGAUGCCCCAAUCGGCUUUGUUCUUGGAGUUGACCUCCUUCAUGUUUUUCCUCUGGAAGGAGCAGUCCUCUUACCUCACGCUGACAUCACAGAUCCAAUGACCCAAAAGAAAAUCCAGGAAGUGCUCCCUAAAGGGAUGGUGGAUGUUAUCCUGAGUGACAUGGCACCCAAUGCUACUGGUAUCCGGCAACUAGAUCAUCAUAAGUUGAUCCAUCUCUGCUUGUCUCUUUUGGAUCUGGCUCAGCACAUUUUGGAACCUGGAGGAACCAUGCUCUGUAAGUACUGGGAUGGAGGGGAGAGCCAUCUCCUGCAAAAGAGACUGAUGCAAGACUUCCAGGAGGUGAAGACCCUAAAACUCCAAGCCAGUAGGAAGGAAUCUGCCGAGAGAUAUUAUCUGGCGAAAUCAUACAAACGAGCAGCCCGCACGGCAUCAGAAACAUGAGUCACUGUGUGCGUGCUUUGUGUGGUACAUUUGAUGAAAGCUGCAGAGUUGGUUUUAGUUGGCAGAGGGCUUUAAGUCCAGAGUUUUUGUGAAACAAUGAGUAUCUUUGGAGGGAUGUGGACCUCAUUUGCCAGCUAUUGCAACAGAUCUUCUUCCCUUUGAAAUAACCAGGAAAUAUGAUUGAAGGGUGGUAUAAAACCAAGGUUUCAGGCAAGAGUGCUUUCCAGCCCUACCUGAAGACACCUGAGACCUUCUGCAUUCAAAGCAACUGUUCUGCCUCUGGACUGUGCCCCUUCCCCGCUUACUCAUUUAAAUUUAGAACAUGGAGACAUAUCAGUUGACAGAUGUUUCUUCUGAAAUAACUUUUUUUCUUAACUGCUUUAUGUACAAAGUGUAACGCUUAUCGAUGCAAUGAUGCCUGCACUGUACAGUUAUGCAACUUUUAACAAUUUUUUUUUUUUAAAAAAAACUUCCAUGCCGAGAUAGAACUUGUGUCAUGUCCAGCCCAUCAGCUGCUUGUUCUCAUCCUGCUUCCCUUUCCUUCAGAUGGGGAUGUUCAGAGGACACAUUGAGGAACUUAUUUGGGGAGGAGCACUAGAGGUUUGGCAAACGCAUGUUGAAAUGUGGUGGUUCACAGAUCUUUUAAGAGGAAAAAGAAUUGUAAUCCUGCCUCCCAACAAGUCUGACUGGGAGGCUGCUGGGGCAGAGAGGGCCCUAAUUUGCAGCCUCUACCCCAAGAGGGGGAAACUUUUUCAGGCUUGUGACCAAUGCUCCUUCUUUCCACACAAUUGUCUUUCAUCUUCUGGUUUGGAGGAGAGGGGAGAAGGCUGGCCAUCAAGGUUGGAGUUGGUCCAAUGGUUGCUAGUUGCUACAGAUGAUGGGAAAGCAGCAAUACUGUGCUGGCAUUGCAUGGGGUGACCACUAAUCAAUUUUGGUUGCUUGGAUAUGGGUAGUGAGAAGAAAGUGAUCUGCCAAAACCCUGUGUGUUCUUGUCCUGACAUGAGCGCAGGAAAACAACAAUUUUGCUCCGCUGGUACUAAGUCAUGGAGGGACUUCUUCCUGUCAUGAAGCUCCAGUUAAAAGGACCAGGUAGAGGGCGAGAGGAUAGACCAGCAACAUCUGUCCCUCUGUUGAAUGUUCAGAAUGUCUUGCCUGUGAUAACCUUUAUUAAAAUUUAUGGAUUUCUUCAG